UGUCAAAGCUAAUUAAUUAAAUCAGUGCAAAAAGCGACCGAAAAAAAAUUGAGAAAAACUAAAAUUCAUCUCGCCGUUCCGUGUGUGUGUUUUGUGUCCACUGGGAAAUAGUAGUAUCAGGCUCACAUUGUUCUACAUUCCGGGGCAAUGAUGGCUUCGGUGCGCAUACCGGAGCAAAAGAUCAUACUGUGCGGCGAGUAUGGUGUAGGGAAAAGCUCCAUAUUCCGUCGGUUCGCGACGAACAACUUCGUCACAUCGGUCGACCGGAAGUCUACCCUGGGGCUGGACCACUUUGGCAGGACAUUCAACGUUGGGGACAAAGAGAUCAAGCUGCAACUGUGGGAUACCGGUGGCAUGGAACGGGUCGCAUCGGUUACCUCCAGCUAUUACAAGUUUGCCGAGGCAGCCAUACUGGUGUUUGCGCUGGACAACGAAUCCUCCUUUCACGCAUUGUCCCAGCACAUGCUGGACGUGGUGACGUACGCGGAGAAUGCCAAAAUUUUUCUCGUAGGCAAUAAGGUAGACCUAGAAUCGAGCAGUAACGAUCCGCCGGUGACGGACGCGGACAUGGAAUCGUUUUGCGAACAGUGCCACAGCCUCAUCAGCGCUACGUACAAAACGUCCUGCAAAACUGGGGAAGGGCUGGAGGAGAUGUUCCGCGACAUUGCGAGCACGCUGGUCGAAUCGAACAGGUCGCGGUUGGAGCUGCAGGCACUGGAAAGCCACGGUUUCAAGAUACAUCCCCCGGACGAGGUGAACGAUCCGAGCUGUCUGUGCUAGUAUCCUUGGCUUGCGUGAUCUACGUUUCGUGGUUGUUCGCUUUUUCAAUUGCUCACACCUUUGAGUGGGAGAAAACCCCCCACUUUAUCCGUAUGAUGAUAAGUGGUUCCAUACUUUUUCCUGCUAGCAGCGUUCUGCUUUCUUCCCCUCUAACGCAAAGCCGUCCGUGCGAAAGCGCUAUCAAAAACAAGCAUUUAGACGAUUAGUAAGCUCGUUACGUUAAUGUAACGGGUUGCAUUCCAUUUGCCAAAAUAACAGACUCCUAAACUUACUAACGAGUGCCACCCAGGGCACAUGCAACCACAUAAAAAGUGCCAUCGAAACACCGGUUUACCGGAGCGCGUGUAGGGAACGAGGCCCGUUCGGAGCGGAAGUGUUAUCAGCAGCUUAUUUAUCCUGUAGCAUCAUGCGUUUCAUCCCAUUUUCACCUAACCAACCCCCGAACAAUCAUGCGCAACUAUUGUAAACGGUUUACGAUAAUUUUAGGUAUAGUAAUCAGCAUAAUCGGUUGUAAUUCGCACUGUGUUCGAUUGCAGAGCAUCUGAUAAUUAGAGCUAGCUUUCGUUGUUUUUGCCCCGUUCGAUGUACAAGUAUUUAUCAAUCACAUCACAUCUGCCUAGGGCUUAGAUAUAGGAAUUGGAACAUGAAAGGGCGAUCUGAGGAAGAAGAAAAAAAACAUGUAGACGGUCACCGAAAACGUACCGACCCCCAUUGGUCGCGUGAGAAGUGGUCUGUGUUUGUGUGUGGGACGAAGCUUUUUGAAUAAACUAUUGAUUGAAUAACACA